GUCGAGAGAGAAAGAGAGAGAGAGAAGGACCGAGGGGUUCAGCAGGGUUUAGUCAUCCUCAACCAGAAAACGGUCUAACAACCAUAUUGCUGUCCAGGACGGUCCUUUCUUGGUGACCAGGGGCACAGAGUAACUACUGGGGUCUAAAGGUCUUCGAAGAGAAUGGCAGACAAGUUGCUGGUGGGAGUGUGUGUGCUGGUGGCAUCUUUGGGUCAGGUUAUGAGCAGCCCCCAGUCGUGGAGAGAUAACUUGAACCCAGAUGUGCUGUAUCCCUGGAGAACGAAGACUGCAGGUCUGGGCCGCGUAAAGAGAGACUGGAUUAUUCCACCAAUCCGUGUGUCUGAGAACAGCAAGCAGGUCCCUGAGUACUUAGUCCAGAUCAAAUCAGACAAGGUUUUCACCGGAGAGGUGAUCUACAAGCUUGAGGGCCCUGGGGUCGACCAGGAGCCUAAGGACCUAUUUGAAAUAGAUGAUAAAACAGGAUGGAUUAAGAGCAAGAAGCCCCUGGACAGAGAGACUCAUAAGAGCUUCACGCUCAAAGCCUUCGCCCUGUCGCCCAGUGGAGAGCGGCUGGAGAACCCCACCACCAUCGAGAUCUACGUACUGGACCAGAAUGACAACAGACCGACCUUUGCCAAAGAGGAGUUCUUUGGCUCAGUGCCAGAAUUCUCCAUUCCAGGUACCUCAGUGUUGACUGUAUCAGCAACAGAUGCUGACGACCCCAACACAGACAAUGCAGUGCUGAGCUACUCCAUAACAGCUCAGGAGAGCUUUCCACCUUUCAGCAUCAACAAGACCAUGUUCGGCAUCAAUAAUGUAACAGGAGUGAUCUACACCCGAGAUGUGGGACUGGACCGAGAUGUUGUGCACUCGUUCCAUCUGACCCUGCAGGUGGCCGAUAUGUCUGGAAUGGGGCUGACCAGCACAGGACGAGCCAUCAUCCACAUCACAGACAUCAACAACCAUGCUCCGCAGUUCAACCCUAACACGUACACAAUGCUUGCCUUGGAGAAUAAAGUGGGAGAGGAUGUAGGCAGAGUGAAUGCUACAGAUAAAGAUGAGAAGAAUGGUGACAACUGGAGGAUUACUUAUUCCAUUAUUAAAGGAGAUUCUUCUGGCAAUUUUGAUAUCCGGACAGACCGUGUUACCAACCAGGGAAUUAUCUCUGUAAUGAAGCCCCUGGACUUCGAGUCACGGGCAGAGUACCAGCUCACUGUGAGAGCAGAAAACGAAGUCCCUCUGAGUAUUAAAGCUCCAUACGAACGGACCAGCACUGCUACCGUCACCAUCAGAGUUCUAAAUGAGAACGAAGCGCCACGCUUUUAUCAAAACCCCAUAGAGGUGUCUGUCCCAGAGUCCACUGAACCAGGGACUCCCCUCAUCUCCAGCAUCGCUUAUGAUGCUGAGAAUUCCAAGCUCAGAUUUGAAAUUACUCAAGAUCCUGAGAAAUGGCUCUCAAUCAACCAUGAAACUGGAGAGAUUUCAGCCAGGAAGAAAUUCAACAUCCGCUCCUCAUAUGUCAAGAAGAACAAGUACAGGGCAGUAGUAAAGGUCACAGACAUGGAUGCAGGUGGUACUUCCAUAAUGGCCUCUCUGGAGAUCACACUAUGGGAGACCAAUGACUUCCCUCCUGUGCUUGUCCCUUUGAGUGGCAUCGUGUGCAGUAACAGAGACAGACACCAACUUGGCCUGCUGAUCAGUGCUGUAGAUGAUGACCUUGCCCCUCAUGCGGACCCCUUCACCUUUGACAUGGCUGACAGAGACAUGGCAUCCAACUGGACCAUCAUACAGCUCAACGAAACCCAUGCGAUGCUGCAACCUGUGAUAGAUAUAGACCAGGGGGAGUUCUCCAUCCCCAUUACUGUAUCGGACUCAGGUUCACCUUCUCUCUCCUCCAACGCACUGGUGAAUGUGACGGUGUGUCCAUGUGACAGGGCUGGACAGUGUAUGAGUGCUACAGCUGCGGCCAUUUUUGGAGCUAAAGUGGGCAUCAGCUUUAUUGCCCUUGUGAUCAUCAUGGCCAGUGUUGCUCUUUUGUUGUUGUUUCUGCUCCUUGCUGUGGCCAUGAGGAGCUGUACUGGGCGAGGUGUUACGAAAGGAGGAGGCCUGCUAAUUGGUGAAUCAGAAGAUGAUGUGCGUGACAAUGUAUUCAACUACGAUGAGCAGGGCGGGGGAGAGGAGGAUGAGGAUGCCUUCAACAUUGAUCUAUUGAGGACCCCUAAUGACAUGGUUCUUCCCCCAGAAGCCUUCAAUCAGCCAGGAUCUGGUCUUCCUAAAUGGAAGCAGCCACUCCGGAAGGAUGCUCCAUACAACCUACCCUCGCCUGCGUACCCACGCAAACCUCAAGGAGAGCCCACUGACAUUGAGGAUUUCAUCAGUGAUUGCCUGGAUGUUGCAGACAACGACCCCAACGUGCCUCCAUUUGACACAGCUCUGAUCUAUGACUACGAAGGAGAUGAUUCUCUGGCAGGCAGCCUGAGCUCCCUCGCCUCCUCUGGCACAGACGAGGACCAGGAUUAUGACUACCUUAAUGACUGGGGACCACGCUUUAAGAAACUGGCUAACAUGUACAGCCCACGUUAGUUACCCCAUAGCCAUACAGAGUUGUACUCAGAGCUCACGUUCUUACCUUCUCACGUUCAUAUCUUCUUACCAAAACCUCCUGGAGAAACUGUUUCAACAUUCCCCAUUGUAUACAUUUGGGGUUGGCGAUGUAGGCACUUCUGAUGAGGAUGGGAUGUGUGUGUGUACGGAUCAUCGAUCGAGAAUCCGCAGAAGCUUUUCAAAUUGGCCUCUGGUUUGUUCUUUCAAAAGGUCAAUGCUGUCAUGUGAGAGACGGUUCGAGCUGUUUUUCUCCCGCAGUGCCGUUAUGGAUCAGUGAGCUAUUUCACCACACUGACAUGACAGCUCGCCUUCCACCAAAACAAAGGCAGACAGCGAUCAGUGCAUACUAAUAAGAGAGAAGUGACAGGACCCAGUUUUCUUUAAAGAUUCAGAAUAGUUAUUCUCGAUAAUUCUCAAUUCCAUUCCUGGGUAUGCCGUAACUGCAAAUGUACAGUCCCCUCCAAAAGUAUUGGAACAGCAAGGCCAAUUCUAUUGUUUUCCCUAUACGUAGAAGACAUUUGGGUUUGAGAUCAAAAGAACAUGAGACGAUAGAUCAGAAUUUCAGCUUUCAUUUCCUGAUAUUUACAUCUAGAUGUGUUAAACAACUUAAAACAUGGCACCUUUGGUGGCAGACCAUCCAAUUUUUAGGUGUAUGGGACUGUAGAUAUUUUCCUGCUGCAAUACACUUGAUUCAACAUAUGAAGCCGCUGAAGGCUGAAUCAAGUAUUUUAUGAGAAUAAUCUGGCUAAAAAUAAGAUGAUAUAAUUUCCACCUUACUCCAAAUGUAGUGGAUCAGCCAAGACAGUGUGGUUUCAAAAGUUUGCUUCUUUAAUAUAGAACUAUAGUGUAAUGGUUCAGACACUUCAGAUGCUUAUUAUGAACCUUCACUUCAGUGUCUUAUAAAUUAUGUACAUUUCAUUUUGAACCUUACAAGAAAACACGAACUGAACCGAAGGUUACCAGGACUGGAAUUAGAAACUUAUACUUCAUUCUAUGAUUCCUAGAACUCCUCCAGAGUCACACGGGUUAACACAUUCAUUCAUUCACUUCAGUAACCACUUUAUCCUGGUCAUGGGAACACUGGGCACGAGGUAAGAACUCAUCCACACCCACACUCAUCCACACCGUCACUCAUCCACACCCACACUCAUCCACACCGUCACUCAUCCACACCCACACUCAUCCACACCCACACUCAUCCACACCCACACUCAUCCACACCCACACUCAUCCACACCGUCACUCAUCCACACCCACACUCAUCCACACCCACACUCAUCCACACCGUCACUCAUCCACACCGUCACUCAUCCACACCCACACUCAUCCACACGGGCAAUUUAGUGUAGCCAGUCCAGCAUGGUUUUGGAUGGUGGGGGAAAACCGGAGAACCCAGAGGAAGCCCACAUGGACAUGGGGAGAACAACUGUAAAAAAUUUUUUUUUUUUAAAAAAAAGGUCAGAUUCAACAAUGAAUGAGGAGGCAGUGUGUGAACUUGUGAACGUAAGCAGAGAUUUUCAGGAUUUUUUUUUUACUGCAGGAUUAAAAGAAAGUAAAAUAAUGUAGAAAUGUUAAAAAAAAAAAAAAAAAAACCCUGAAAAGAGAGCCUGUUUUACAGAUGGCACUAUAAAAUGGUUUUCUGACACAAACGGAACACCGUAACUGUAGUUGUAACAUGUAAUGUAUUUAAUGGAUUUUGUGAUACUUUUAUACGAUUGUAUAUAGAUUUGCAGUUUUUGCCACCUUAUCAAACAUCAUUUACAGGACAGUGUUCAUUAUUGCCUUAUAAAACAUUUUACUCACAAUCACAGCUAUAAUUCCCUUUUUUAAUUCUAUUGUCGGUUUGUACAUGAAUCUUGUUUUGGAACAAGAAUUUUUUUUUUAUAUUUAUUUCCUACAAAAUGGCAAAUUAUUGUCAUGACCUGUUUUGUAAAAUAACUCUUUCAGUUCAUAAUAAAGGAACAAUUGCA